AUGGCUGAAGCACUGGAAAUUCCAGCUCGCCCUGCCGGCGAUUCGCAAAGCCAGUUUCUCUGCCUAACUAUCUGUGGUUAUCGUCGGCCGGGUAUGAGUGAAACGGACUACAAACACCAUAUGACUCAAGUUUCGGCGCCAAUGACGAAGGACCUCAUGGUUAAGUAUGGGGUAAAACGAUGGACGAUGAUCCACAAUACAACCGAGACCCGCGCUCUGAUGAGCCGGCUUUUUGACGCUCAGAUGACAAAGCUAGCUGACUUCGACUGCUUCAGCCAGGUGGUGUUCAAAAGUGUAGACGACUACAAGAGAAUGAAGGAGGACCCAUGGUACAAGGAGCACCUGGCUGGAGAUCAUGAAAAAUUCGCCGAUACCAAGAAGAGCAUGAUGACGAUUGGGUGGAUCACCGAGUUCAUACGCGACGGCCAGGUGGUAGACGGAAUGAAGGACUGUUAA